AAUAAAUACAAAAUUAUAUAUAUACAGCUAUAUCCUCACAGUCGUAGCUAUUCUGCAGUGUCGUAGACAGAGCUUUCGCUAACCGCUAGAGCGCUAUUAUAUCUCUUUGAAGGUUGUAUAGAUUAUCUUUCUGGUAAUUGUCAGGUCUAUACAAAACACAAACGCAGACAAUAACAAAGGUAUAUCGGUCAAAAAUGGAGGACCGGAUCAAGCAGGAACUUCGCGGGAAGGCACCGUCUGAGAUCACAGAGCUAAAUUUGGACGGCGUCCGAAGUAACGCGGUCUCGGGCUUGACGGAUAAAUUCUCGUCACUUAAAUCACUGUCCUUAAAUAGUUGCUACCUGACAAGUCUUGAUGCGCUCCCUCAUUUACCAGAACUUACGAAGCUCAUACUCAGCGACAACCGGAUAUCUGGAGGCUUGGAUGUGUUGGUAACAAAUUGCCCGAAACUUGCGCGCUUACAACUCAGUGGGAACAGGAUAAAGUCGAUCGAGUCACUAUUAGCAUUGAAGGAACACCCGAGCUUAAAAAGUCUGGACUUAGAAGGGAACGCCCUUGCGAAUGAGGAUGACUACAAAAUUACUGUUUUCGGCUACUUACCGAAUCUGGAAUCAUUAGACGGCUAUGACGCGCAAGAUAAUGAGUGUGAAAAUGAUAGCGACGAUGACGAUGAAGGGGACGAGAACGAUGAAGAAGAGGGCGGUGAUGACGAUGAAGAUGAUAUCGAAGGUGAUAACGACGACGACGACGACGAGAACGCCCAAUACGAUGAGAACGAUGAUGAAGACAAUGAGGGUGAUGAUCAAAGGCAAGCAACUGGUGAAAGGCCGGACGACAACGAUGAAGAUGAUGAAGAUGACGAGGAUGAAGAUGAUGACGAUGAUGGAGACGAGGACGAAGGAGCACCCAAACCCAGUACUGAAGAAGUUCCCGAAGGCAGUGGCGAUGAUAAUGACGACGACGAUGGUGAGGAUGACAAUGACGACGAAAACGAGGGUGACGAUGAUGAUGAUGAUGUUAACGACGAUGAUGUUAACGAUGAUGAUGAUGUUAACGAUGAUGAUGAUGUUAACGAUGAUGAUGAUGAUGUUAACGAUGAUGAUGAUGAUGUUAACGAUGAUGAUGAUGAUGAUGCCAGGGCAGAUGAUGAUGACGGUCCUGAUCCUAAGCGUCCUAGGCUGGAUUAGUAUAAGUAAGCAUUCGAUUAUAAAAAUACAAGCUUAGCUUGCACGACGAAGUCAGUAUGGAACUUGAAUUCGUGUCACCGAAGUCUACGCACUGGAACACCGCGUCAAAAAUAUACUAGGCCAACGAUCAUCCUGGCGACCAUAGACCGGAUUCUUUUGUGUCGCAAUCGUCUGUCUGGCUGAACAUCAUGGAGAAAUCAAGACAUAUACACCAGGACAAACAGGGCACUAUGCUAACAAAUGAAAGCACGAGGUAAACCUAUGUUGGAAUGAAUUAUCUGACAUUUGAUUCCUGCACAGAUGAUAGAACAGUAUCCAAUAAAGGAGCUAAGCAACUGUUAUUUAGAAUCGCUAUUUCGUGGAGGCCAUAGGUAGAUGCUAUUGUACACAUAAUUUUACAAUACUGCGCUUCGGAAUGCGGUUAUUGUACUUUUGGGCUGCACAUUUAGUGGCUUGAUAUUAAAAUAAACCUUGAUUUUAGC